UUCCAACCAACCCGGUGACAUUGCGAAGGGAAAAAAAGGCUUCAACGUGAGUGGAAAGAAAUCAAAGGAUGAUGGCAAAGGGAAGGAAAUUUGGGUUGAAAAGAAAAAGAAUGAUGUGCAAGAGAAUGGGGAGUGGGUGGAGGCCAAGAAGAAAAAGAAAUGGGUCUCUAAACCCAAAGCAAAUGUGCGCAACUUGAUCACGCCAAAGGUUCCCACUCCUAAGGCGCCUACAACUAAUGCCGCUGCCUCAACUUCUACACCUAAGGCCACGACCCCUGCUGCCCAGGCCCCAAAACAGGCUGCCCAGGCCCCAAAACAGGCUGCCCAGGCCCCAAAACAGGCUGCCAGUGCCCAAAAACAAACUGCCGAGGCAGUAAAAGUUGCACCGAAGCUCACCGUUCCUAAACAAACUGCCGAGACUUCACAGGCAUCUUCCGGGAGCAAAUCAAGUGAAAAGACUAUCAAUUUUCCGAAGAGUGGGAACAUUAGCUUUGAUGAAUUGGGGGGUGAGAUCAUUCGCAAUGUAUAUGAUAUCCAAGAGGGAGAUGUGGUCACUAGAAUCGUUUAUGAUGAUAACAAAAAGAAGACCAUAUAUGUAAUGCAAAAGAAGGACAUCCCAUCGC